GUUGCCAGUAUCAACAUAUUCGGCAACUCCAUUGCUACUUAGCACCCGUCCCCGCCCGCUGUUCAAUGGCUCGGUAGUCCGCAAAUCCCUCGCACAACCACGUCCAUCGCCGCUACCCUACCCACCAUGAGCCAAUUAGUCGUCCGGCCAGGGCGCAACGCUGCCCGCCAGGCUAAGAGGCUCAAGGAGAUCCGCAAAGUCAAGAACGCAAUUCAAUGGCACGAGCGAGAGCGGAAGAAGCGGCAAGAACUCAAGCAAGAGCGCUGGGAGUCCAAGCAAGCCGCCCUCCAGCGCAUGAUGUGGGAGAAUGAGCACAUCAAAGGAGCCAAGAGACGGGCCCUGAAAAAUGCCAAAGAGGACUGGAAGCUGGGCCCUUUGAGGCCCAACCGUGCCAUUGGCCCAGACGCAGACAAGUAUGGCGCCCUCAGUGCAGCCCGGUUACAGAAGCCUGAAAUACCCGUUAAGACACUCAAGCACCGCAACGCAGUGAGGGAGAAGAAGGGAUUAGAGUUAGAGUACCCGUUGGUUGUCGACAACAAGAAGUACUUCCCAAUCGUAAAGGACGACCGUGUCGUGAUCCUCAAGGGCAAAGAUGCUGGCAAAAUUGGUGUCGUGCGGGAUAUUAUGUCUCGUACGCACGAGGUUGUUAUAAAAGACCUGAACAUGCAAUACUUCGACUCUGCUGUCUUUAGUGCCGCUGAAGAAGAUAUGGGACCUAAGCGCGAGGCCGAAGUGGCAAUUCCUCUUGACCACGUGCGCCUCGUGAUACCCUCUGAGAUCAACCAAGGAGGCGUAAAGCGCUACAAGGACGUCAUGGUGGAAAAAAUAUUCAUGGAGCGACACACAACCGGCAUCGACCCUUACACUGGAACCGACUAUGGCAACUCCGAAAUACCAGAGGAGCAUCAAUACGACCCUCGCAAUGGUCUUCCUGUCUUUGACCGCUACAUUGCAGGUACCAAUCACCGCAUUGAAUGGCCAUGGGAACGCGAAGAGUGGACAGAAGAGGUUGCUACCACGGAAGAGAAGAGCGCAGACAGUCGCUCAUGGUUCAAGAAGACCGUGGCCACCAUCAGCCAACCAUUCUCCAGUCUGGACCGCUGGCGAAGUAGCAACAAAAAGAGCAGUGAACAACAAGACUCCAGUGCCCUGAAGACGGACGAUAUUGAAGAGAACUUGACUGAGAUUGAGAAGCAACAACGAGAGAGGCUCAAGACCUCGCCUCCGAGAAGCAAAGACCUUGAUCUCCCCGAAGCCUACAACGAUGUAGACACAACGCGCAACAUAGUCGAGAGAGCAGAUUCCAUGUCCUACACCCUAGCUACACCGCCUUUCCCUGAUACUCUUAGCGAAGAACUCCGCGACGAAAUCCACGACUUCUCCAUCAAGAUGAAGAAGGAGCGGGAUCCUAAAGCGCCCCGCAUUAAGAUCAACAAGCACUCUGAACAGGGUGUACUUGCACGCGAGAUUGCCAAGGAGCGAAAGCGGGCGGCCGAUGCGAUGAAGACGCCCAUGCAGUUGAGAUGGGAGCUAGACCAAAGGAAGAAGGCCGAGGCACUGAAGAAGCAGCCUCUUGUGGAUCAGGAGAGCCUCUUGACUGCGCUGGGACAGCACAUGCAGAAGAAGGCCGCGAAGCCCUACCUGGGAAAGAAGCAGUUCCCUGACCAGGAGCUAGACUAAACUGCUUGGUCUGCUGGGCUUAGCUCGUGGUUGCUUGCCGUCUUGAGCAAGAGAGUUGUAACAUAUACGUUGUACAUAUAGCACCAACUGAAGCAGCAACUCAAACCAGGCCCUGUGAGUGGCCUAGUGGUCGUUGUGUUGCGGGGUAUCUUCGCUGUCAAUGUACAUCAAA